GAAGUGUGACUUUAACCUCCUGGCCACAAAUCACCGCACUAUGGUGUGGGGAGAGGUAGUGAUACAGCUCUGGGGAAACGCUAGAGGGAAGGAUUACUUCCAGAGCGGGGUAGGAGCCCCAGAGGAGUUUUCGGGAAGGAGGCAUUGAUUUGCGCAGGGCUUUGGAAGACUAGCCACCUACAGGAGUCUCCCGUCUUCCGUCGUUGAUCCGCCAUGGGCGAGGCACGCUCCCCGCCCGGGCGACAGGCUGCGCGGCACCGACGCCUGCGCGCCACCGCGCGCUGCCUUAAGUCUGCCUCUUCCGGCUGGCUCUUGGGGGCGUGGCUGCGCCGGCAAGAUGGCGGCGCCUGAGGAGAUGAUGUUUCCGGGGAAACUGAGCCACAGGAAGUACAGGGCCGCCCUCAAGAAGGAGAAACGAAAGAAACGUCGGCAGGAACUCGCUCGAUUAAGAGACUCGGGACUCGCACAGGAGGAGGAGGAGGCAGAGGAUGCUUUUCGUGAACAGCUGGAAGAGGAGAAGCAGUCGGAGAUGGAGAGACAAAAAUUACAUGAGGAGUGGUUACUGCGGGAGCAGAAGGCACAAGAAGAAUUCAGAAUGAAGAAGGAAAAGGAAGAGGCAGCUAGAAAACGGCAGGAAGAGCAAGAGAGAAAGUUAAAGGAAGAAUGGGAAGAGCAGCAGAGGAAAGAGAGAGAAGAGGAGGAGCAGAAGCUGCAGGAGAAGAGAGAGAGAGAGGAAGCUGUGCAGAAGAUGCUGCAGCAGGCUGAAAAUGAGUUGGAAAAUAGUACCACAUGGCAAAACCCAGAACCCCCCACGGACUUAAGAAUAAUGGAGAAAGAUCGUGCUAAUUGUCCAUUCUACAGUAAAACAGGAGCUUGCAGAUUUGGAGACAGGUGUUCACGUAAACACAAUUUCCCGGCAUCAAGUCCCACCCUUCUUAUUAGAAGCAUGUUUACAACAUUUGGAAUGGAGCAGUGCAGAAGGGACGACUAUGACCCUGACGCAAGCCUGGAGUACAGUGAAGAGGAAACCUACCAGCAGUUCCUGGACUUCUAUGACGAUGUGCUCCCCGAGUUCAAGAACGUGGGGAAAGUGAUCCAGUUCAAGGUCAGCUGCAACUUGGAACCUCAUCUGAGGGGCAAUGUGUAUGUUCAAUAUCAAUCGGAAGAAGAAUGCCAGACAGCCCUCUCUCUGUUUAACGGACGGUGGUAUGCAGGACGCCAGCUUCAGUGCGAAUUCUGCCCAGUGACCCAAUGGAAAAUGGCAAUUUGUGGUUUAUUUGAAAUACAACAAUGUCCAAGAGGAAAACACUGCAACUUUCUCCAUGUGUUCAGAAAUCCCAACAAUGAGUUUUGGGAAGCCAAUAGAGACAUCUACCUGUCUCCAGAUCGGACUGGCUCCUCCUUUGGUAAGAACUUGGAGAGGAGAGAGAGGAUGGGCCACCAUGACAAAUACUACGGCAGGCCACGGAGGAGAAGAAGCCCCAGUCCAGCCCACUCCUACAAAAGAAAUGGGCAAGCCGAGAGAAAAAGGAGAAGUAGUCACAGGGGGAAGAAAUCGCACAAACACACAUCCAAAAGUCGGGAAAGGCACAGUUCACGAAGUAGAGGAAGAAAAAGGGACCGCAGCCGGGGCCGGAGCAGCCGCAGCCAGAGCCGCCGCAGCCAGAGCCGCCGGAGCCGGAGUCAGAGCUCCUCGAGGUCCAGGAGUCGGGGUGGGAAAAGGUCAGGCAGCAGAGACAGAACCAUUCACAGUCCCAAAUCCAAAUAAAGCUAUUUUGUUCUUAAAUGAU